AUGGCUGUUCUGUGGGAUUCUUUCCGCAACGCGCAUGAAUUUAGAGCAACAAGCUCACCAGUGCCUGGCAAUGAACCGGAGGAUCUGUUUCCCGAAGUAUAUGAUGAAGAAAAGGAAAAGAAGCUAAUCGAGGAUGUGCUGGAAGAUCUUGCCGCAAAUUGUUCGGGCACCUUCGAUAUUCCUGAAGCGGAUGAGCUGCAUGCGAAGCGCCUAUUCUGGUAG